AUGGCGGCUCCGAGCGCCGCUCCCUCUUCCAGUGCGGACUUCCGAGCUCAGUCAAAGUCCUUCCUCCAGGAUUUUCUCAUGGGCGGAGUCGCUGGAGGGAUUUCAAAGACGGUUGUUGCCCCUAUUGAGAGGGUGAAGCUGCUGCUCCAGCUGCAAGACGCAAGCACUCAGAUCGGCCAUCAAGCGGGGCAGAUAAGGAAGUACGAGGGACUCAAAGACUGCUUUGUGCGGGUUUACCGAGAGCAGGGCUUCCUGUCUUUCUGGCGAGGCAACUGGGCGAACGUUGUCCGCUACUUCCCGACGCAAGCACUCAAUUUCGCGUGCAAGGAAAAGUACCAGAAGCUUUUUGUCCGACAUGAUCCGAAGAAGGAUUUCUGGAAAUUCUUUGCAGAGAUGCUCGCUGCGGGGGGUGCGGCAGGCGCCACUUCACUGGCUUUCGUCUACCCUCUGGACUUUGCAAGGACGCGAUUAGGAGCGGACGUGGGCAAAGUGCAGGCGGAGCGGCAGUUCACGGGGCUGAACGACUGCAUUCAGAAAAUUUACAAAGAGUUUGGUAUUCCAGGCCUGUAUCGGGGCUUCCUCGUUUCAGUCGCUGGAAUCAUCGUGUAUCGCGCCGCCUUCUUUGGCCUUUACGACACGGCGAAGGCCGUCUUGCCUUCGGAUAAGAAAACGAGUCACCCCGUGAUGCGGAACUUCGCCAUAGGUCUAGGAGUGGAAACUGCUGCGGGUGUGAUCGCCUACCCUUUCGACACGGUCAGGCGCCGGAUGAUGAUGCAAGCACUCCGGAGCGAUACCCUCUACCGGAAUACAUGGAACUGUGCGAGCCGGAUAGUAAGAGAGGAAGGGAUAACGGCGUACUACAAGGGGUGCGGCAGCAACGUUGUUCGCGGUGUAGGUGGCGCGAUUGUCCUUGUCCUGUACGACGAAAUGAAGCGAUUUGUUGCGCCGUAG